AUGAGAGCAAGGAGGCUCAUUUGGAGUCUGUGUUUCCUGUUCUGCCUUUUCUGCAUCUUUCUUCACCAAACCACAGCGAAAAGAAAACUGAAGUUUGUGUCCAUGGUAUUUCGUCAUGGUGAUCAUACUCCACAGGUUUUUCCAACCAACAGACACAAGGAAGUUGCAAAGCAGGAGGGAUAUGGACAGCUUACCAAGCUUGGCAUACAGCAACAGUAUGAGUUUGGCCAGUACCUGCAGAGGAGAUACUCUUAUUUCCUGAGCGUUGUAUGCAAGCAGUGUGAGAUUUAUGUUCAAAGCACUGACUGUGAUCACACACUUAUGAGUGAGAAUUAUGCUGAGAUUUUCAUUACAUUGCUAUACUUACUUUUCUCACACUGCCCAAAACACAAUGAGCUUCUGAGAGAAACCUUUGCAACAGGGGAUUUCCAAAGGCAACUCAAACAGUACAGGCCAUUUCUGAAGUUUUUAGCCACUCACACAGGUUACCCCUUAAAGAAGUUGAACACUGAAAGAAUUUGGAAGAUUUCUAACACUUUACAGUAUGAGGAUACUAACAAUUACACUUUACCUGUUUGGGCUACUCAUGGUGUCAGGACCAAGUUGAUAAAGCUCUCAGAAUUGUUACUGCAGGCCAUUGGCUUCCACAAACAAAUACAAAAAUCAUGUUUACAGGGAGGUAUUCUUUUAAAAACUAUUCUAAAGCAUAUCUCAGAUGCUAGAAAACCUUCACACCAGCAAAAAAUGGUUAUGUAUUCUGUGCAUGCAGCUACCAUUGUUGCCUUACAGAUGGCACUCAAUGUUUUCAACAGGAAAUUGCCUCCUUAUACUGCCUUUAAUUUUUUUGAACUUUACCAGGAAAAAAAUGGGCAAUACACCAUAGAAAUGUAUUAUUGGAAUAAUUCUUUGAGAGAUCCUCACCACCUCACUCUCCCUAGCUGCAAAUUUCGCUGUCCACUGGAGAGAUUUACUCAGUUGGUCUCCCCAGUCCUAGUACACCAUUGGACAAGAUAAUGUAGAAUGUAG